UAAAAAAACAUGCAAGUUUGUUAAAGGAAUUUCUAACCUAACUUUUUUAGCAAGUCGUUUCGUGUUAAAAUAAACUACAAUACAACACCAAGUUCUAAAUACUUUAAAUAAGUAUUGUCUUUGUGAAGAACUUCCUGUGAUGUCGAUCUGAUUUUUUAAAUAAAUUCUCAAAUAUCUAACUUUACGAUGGACGGACUCGUACUCUUACAAGAAAAGUUGGAGGAAGUAAUUCUCCUAAUAAAAAGUUUUCGGCCGGAAGAUUUAGUGAAAGCUGGGCGAGUUUGGAAUACUUUCUCUCUCCAAUUUCAGUCAAUUAUUAACCUCGAUGUGGAUGACACUAUAACCAACCAAUCAUUAAGUACGAGGAAAUACUCUAGUCCAGUUAAACCAAAGUUGAACUUAUCAAAGAAGCAAGUAAUAAUUGCCACUAAAAGCAGUGUACAUCAGAACGAAAACUUCAUAUCUACCUCUGAAAAUGUUCCGGACAGUAGCGAAUCACAACUUACGACGCUAGAAUCUAGCAAAAAUGACAAAUUAUUUGAAAAUCUUUCAACAAAUGACCAAAAUUCCUCUAAAUCCAACACAAGCCCAAGUUUUAUACUGGACGAAGUGCAAACCUCUUCAAUUCUUGAGGGUGAAGGUCAACAGCAACAUGAAAAUGAUGUAAGAGCACAAAACUCGUCGGAAGUGGAGGAGAAAGUGUCGGAGAAAGUGGCAACGGGUCGAUUCAAGGGCAAACAAUUUAUUUGUGAUGAAUGCGGGGUGGCUUUUUCUACGAGGGGAAACUUCAAUGUUCAUUUACGGAAACAUACCAGUGAGCGACCGUUUCCUUGUACAAAAUGCAGUAAAAGAUUUAAUACUUCGUCUAAUCUUCGACGACACUUGCUAUCUUACCACCAAGGAGUGAAACCUUAUCAUUGCGCAAUUCCUAAUUGUGAUGCGAGAUUCACCGAGAGAAAAAGUUUAGUCAUUCAUGUUCGUCGUCAUACUGGUGAAAAGCCGUUCGAGUGUAACGUUUGUGGAAAAAGUUAUAUGAAACGAUGGGUAUUAUCACAACAUUUAAAAACGCAUCAAGGGGAUCAAGGAAAGUCGCAUUUGUGUCAUCAGUGUGGAAAAUCUUUCACACAAAAGUCGCAACUAAAACUACAUGAAAAACGACACUCUGGUGUUAAAAGUAACGUUUGUUCUUAUUGUGAAAGCGGUUUUACCACCAAAAGCGAUUUACUUCGUCACGAGAAAACUCACAGUGGCAAAAAGGCCUUCGUGUGUCUUCGUGACCAGUGUGGAAAACCCUUUGCAAGAUCUCACAGAUUGAAAGAUCACUUAUUGAAACACGAGCAAGAACAAACGGCGGAAAUGCAAGAUGCUGGUGAAUCAAUCAAAAUUUAAGUUCAAUUAUCGUUUUUUUAUUAAUCCGUGAUAAUUUUUUGAAACAAUAAAAUUCUCAAAAUUAAUAUCCA